AUGGCCUACGACCAGGAGUGUUCGGUGACGGCCGAGUGCGGCACUACGGGGGCCACGUGUCGCAACGACGGACUUGGAUCAUUUAGAUGCCUGUGUACACCGAGUGGGGAAAUAUACGUUCCCUCCAGCGAGACAUGUUUAAAAGAAUGCGGUGACCUAAAGAACCCCACAAACGGCGAGGUGACACUUCCGACGAACACCACAGAGGGCCAGAUGGCUUCCUAUUGGUGUAUGGUGGGAUAUGUACUCUCCGGGCCUAAGUUACGUACGCGUCAGUCAAACGGGAAGUGGAGCGACGCCGAACCAGCAUGCAUCUUUGAUAGCCGCCCAGAUACCACCGUACCGUUCGGUGUUAUGAUAGCAAUUCUAGGUCUGUUUGACCUUGUUGUGGUUGCAGUUUACAUCAAACACAGAUGCCGAGGACAGUGUAUGCAUCGGAUUUAUACAAAUAGACCUACACAGCAUUCCAAUUUCGACUCUGAAUUGUCCGUAACCAAUUCAAUGCAAUACUCUGCGAAACAUCGAGAAGCCGAGAAAGCUAAACGGGGCUCUGUGCGAAGUCCUCGAACGGGCUCUGCAAAAUCCAUCCAUUUAUCAAAUUAUAUUGGAAAUUGAUUACUGCCACUUGUUA